AUGAGUCGGAAUUAUCUUAACAAUAUUAAAAUUAAAAAAUGUUUAGGCACAUUAGAUUUGACCUCCUUGGGCGUCGGGUCAUGUUGUGGUACCGGAAUGUAUUUAGUAGCCGGAAUGGUGGCCAGAAAUGUUGCAGGACCUGGAGUUAUAAUUAGCUUCGUUAUAGCUGCUAUUGCUAGUCUUUUUUCAGGAGCGUGUUAUGCUGAGUUCGGAGUGCGCGUCCCACACACGACUGGAAGUGCCUACGUAUACUCAUAUGUUACUGUGGGUGAAUUUAUUGCAUUUGUUAUUGGGUGGAACAUGAUUCUCGAGUAUCUCAUAGGGACAAGUGCCUGCGCUUGUGCGUUAAGUGCCAGCUUCGACUCUUUGUCUGGAGGCGCAAUUAAUAGAGGAAUUGCAGAAAAUGUUGGAACAAUACUAGGUCGUUCUCCAGAUUUCAUUGCGAUGGGAAUAACGUUACUAAUGACUGGCGUGUUAGCGUUAGGUGCCAGUAAAUCAGUAUUAUUUAACCAUGCUUUAAACGCAAUCAAUUUAUCCGCCUGGACUUUUAUUAUGGCUGCUGGACUUUUCUAUGCGGACUCCAGCACCUGGAGCGAACAUGAAGGGUUUCUACCUUUUGGAUGGAGCGGGGUUUUCACGGGUGCUGCAACUUGUUUCUACGCUUUUAUUGGCUUCGAUAUAAUAGCGACAACUGGCGAAGAAGCAAUGAGCCCGCAGCGAUCUAUUCCGCGAGCGAUUUUUGCAAGUUUGAUCAUCGUGUUAAUAGCUUAUGUUAGCAGUUCUUUAAUGAUGACUUUGGUUGUGCCUUAUGAUCAAAUCGACGGUGAGUCGGCACUUGUGCAGAUGUUCGGCCAAGUGGGUGCCUGGCGAUGUAGGGCGAUCGUGGGCGUAGGCGCCGCCGCAGGAUUAGGAGUCGCCAUGUUCGGCUCGAUGUUCCCGAUGCCGCGAGUCAUUUACGCCAUGGCCCAGGACGGUCUCAUAUUCAAGCAACUUGCACAUAUUUGGCCUUUCUCUGGUACACCUGGGCUAGCGACAUUAGGGAGCGGGCUUGCAGCCGCAUUGGUGGCCCUUCUUGUUAGGCUGGAAGUUCUUGUGGAAAUGAUGUCUAUAGGAACGCUGUUAGCCUACACACUGGUAUCGACCUGCGUUUUAGUUUUACGCUAUCAGCCCCAUUCCACCUCACUUGUGGAGCUUUUGCCCCCUGCACUGAGGACCCCACAACCGCCGGCCACACCAUCGGGCGGCGGGGCAACGAAUCCUUCAUUUGAAAUGUCUCCCAGAAUAAAUACCCUGACAGCACAAAAAGUUAUGGUCCGAAGAGUUACAAGAAGCUCUCCUGACAGUGAUGAUACAUUUUCUGGUGAAUGUGAAGAUGGUAUAAUUGGAGCAAAUGGCGAUUUUCCAGUAAGGGAUGAUCAAUUUUUGAUUGCUGAUAGAUUAGAAAAUAAAUUUUACGGUAGCGUCCAUGGCAGCACAACCCCAAAUUUUAUGAACACUGGCCCAUGUGGCCGAAUUACUCAAGCAAUUGCAAAUAUAUGCCCAUCAUUGUUUCCAUGGGUUAAUCCUGGACCAGCAACAUCAGAAACAGGAAUGUAUGUUGUAAAACUAGUUGGCAUAAUGUUUGGAUUAAUAUUUAUAAUGGACUUGACAGCCGCAGCGGGAAGUGGAACUUUUGCCAUCACUGUUAUAACACUUACAAGUUUUGCAAUUAUAGCAAUAUUGAUACUAAUAUCAAAGCAGCCACAGAACAGGCAUGCAUUACCCUUCUUGACUCCUGGCUUGCCAGUUGUACCAACAAUAGCCGUCUUGGUAAACAUCUAUCUCAUCAUGAAACUUUCCAUACUAACUUUGGUUCGGUUUACAGUAUGGAUGAGUCUAGGGAUCAUUAUGUACUUCUACUACGGCAUCUCCAACAGCAACUUAGAACAAGGAGAGCAGACAUUACCUGAAGAAACGGUAUCAACCGAUGCGAAAGCACAAACUAAAUUUGCUUCACCUAUAAACGUCUAUUCUAAUCACAUGGCUAAUGUCGACUUAAAUGGUGGUUGGGGUGAUGACCCUUACACAUUGUCCAAUACUUCCAGCAGGGUUGAAUACGAUAAUAGGGCUUUCGAAGGGAGCCAUUUCGGGGUCAUAGAUGCUUCCAGUUCAAGCAAAUCGCCCUUCAACGCAUGGGACGAUUAG